GUCAGUGUGCAACGCCUGCGCCGAGUUGUCGCCUCUCGCGCCGACCGUUACCGAAAAGCGUGCGCCGGGCUAACAGUCGAGGAGCGGCGCGUCAGAUUCGCAGCACCAACCUCUGAAUUACGAGAACAGUGGCAAAGCAACCGAAAGAAAAGAAGAAAACUAUCAACAAUAAUAAGCCCGCCCGCAACAGCUGCUCGCCUUCUCUCUUGCUACACCCCCGCCCGCCCCAACACCACUCCGCCGCCGACCAAUUCUUCUCCACAAUUCUUCGCAGCACCCGCCCCUCUCGCGCCCCGCCCCCCCUGGAAACGGGGCAGAGCUGCAGAGCCGCAGAAAGCGAUUUCAGUUCGGCGACGACAGCGCACAGGUGCCAUUCGGAAAGUGCGGACGUAGAAUGUUUGCCGGGGAAUCCGCAGUCAUUUUCACCUCUGAAUCCGCUGCAAUUUGUCCGGGCGCCAGCGUUAGUAACGAGUUGAUACGGGACCUCGGCUCCACAUCUGUUUCUAUCACACUCAUUCCCAGCUCUAACCCCUAACACUCGCUCCACUCACUGUGCUUCCUAAGCACACUCUCCACUCACUCGGUUUUCUAGUAAAGUAGCCCAUUUGCCUCUGAAGCACACUCUCCACUAACUCCUCCCUAUACCCCACUGGGUAACUCCCUUGAGUACCUCUGAUCACAUUCUUUUGACCACCAUCUUGCAUAUUUACUUACUUCAUCAUCGACUCUUCUCCUACUCCCUACACAUUCUUUUCUCUUCUUAUUAUCAGAGUAUCGUAACACUUUCCCUUUAACAUUUUUCCUUGCAUCCCCAAUUCACCUUCCUUUUGAACGCAAAACACCUUCCUUUUCCUCUAUUCCGUUAAUUCCUUCAGCUCACUCUGUUUUUAACCCCUUCCGAAACCCCUUCCAAAACACCUUCCCAAUUAGUUCGCAACCCCUUCGGAAACCCCUUCCCAACCCCUUCCAAGACACCUUCCCAACUAGUUCCCAACCCCUUCCCAACCCCUUCCGAAACCCCUUCCCCGGCUUCCCCGCGAUCCAACCAUCAUCCAUGUGAGAUGAGUGCGUGCGACGGUUCGGGAACGGUUUCGCGAACGUCUGACGCCCCCGCUUUCCAAUUCGAUGUCAUGCCAAAGAUAACGACGCCGCCGUCGACGGUGACGCCUAUGCUGGCGUCGGCAGCGCGGGCGAAAACGCCGAGAGCGGUUAAAAUGGAAAAUAAAUGGCCGGCGGCAGAGGCAACGGCGUUCAGUUAUCAGCGAGCAGCGGAGCAGAUAGGAGCUACAGCCACAACCACAGCCACAGUCAGAGCGACAACACCCACCCAGCAAGCGAAGACGAGACCGAGAACUGGAAUAAACGAGAUCUGCGCUGGUAAUCCAUGUGAAGAGCUCCCCAACAAGUUGGCCCUUCGCAAGGCUCAAUUGAAGGCGGCCUUUUUUGGCACCAAGGAGGCGCAUAGCAACACCUGCAGCAGCACUUCCCACGAAAGCAGUUAUAGAAGCACUUGCCGAAGCACUUCCCGCACCACCUACCGCAGCUGCAGGACGGAACCAGGCAAGCCGGUGCAACAGCUGAUCGAGCAGUUCCAGGCCAUGAUUGUCCAGCAGCAGCAGCAGCAGCAGCAGCUGAACGAGAGGGAGCCCAAGACGCUGCCCGGAGCCACUGCCUCCAACUCGGACGAGGGCUGCAAUGUCACCGGCGGCGGCCUGAGUCCCUACAGCAGCGACAACGAGGACCACAGCUUGUCCCCGCGGCAGCGCAAGCUGAAGGUCACCCGCUGUGCCAGCAGUGACUCCGCCCUGGGCCUCGAUGUGGACGACGGCUGCAUGGAUGUGGGCAUGAUACCACCACCGCAGCGAAGGAACACACUGACCGUCACGGACUUGCCCCUGCGACCGGCCCUCCUGCCGCUGGCCGAACCCACAGCCCUGCCAGAUUCACCCCUGACAUCGCCCACGGGUGGCGCCAGCUCGAGCGUGGGUGUGCCCACCAAGGUGCUGCUGGAGGAGCGGGUGGUGGCCGCCCCGGGAUCGCGACGCGAGUCCACCCAGAGCUCGUACAGCGAACUGGGGGGCAGUGGACUGCCCCUCGGCGUGCGCUACGUGCGCACCCCCUCCGUGGUGGUCAGCGACUACUCGGAUGACAUAACCGCCUGCGGCAUCAGCAUGGAGGAGAUGGAGUACUUUCGCCUGCAGCGGGCGCGUGGCCAGCGGCGCUGCUCCCUGGAGGCGGGACACGGUCAUGGCGGAGCCCAUGGACAUGGAGGCCAUGGACACGGAUCGGGCGCGUCGGGAAUGGCGGCGGGAUGCGCCAAGGACGAAGGCCAGUCGGAUGUCAGUGCGGCAAGCAGUUGCAGCAACCUGUACUACUGUGGCUCCACCAUUUCCGCCCUAGACGGUGGCGAGUGCAUCGUCAACGGCGUCCGCGUGGCGCUGGCCCGGAAGAGCAGCACCCAGAGCAGCAGCCUCAGCGGCGAGGAGGAGGAGGACGGCGACGAGGAGGAGGAGGAGGAGGAGGAUGCCGAUGCCGAGGCGGAGGAUCGCGACGAGGAGGAGCUGCUGCAGCAGGAGGACUUCGAGCGGGGGGAUCGCGACCAGGCACGCGAGCGGGAGCGGCAGAUCAGCGAGCUCCUGGCCGCCACCAAGAUCGGCGAUCGCCAGCGGGAGCGAUCCAAGAAGAGCUCCGGCUGGCGGAAGAUCCGCAACAUCGUCCAGUGGACGCCCUUCUUCCAGACGUACAAGAAGCAGCGCUACCCAUGGGUCCAGCUGGCCGGACACCAGGGCAACUUCAAGGCGGGUCCCGAGCCGGGCACCGUGCUCAAGAAGUUGUGCCCCAAGGAGGAGGAGUGCUUCCAGAUCCUCAUGCAGGAUCUGCUGCGGCCCUAUGUGCCCGUCUACAAGGGCCAGGUGACCAGCGAGGAUGGCGAACUCUACCUGCAGCUCCAGGAUCUGCUGAGUGACUACGUACAGCCGUGCGUGAUGGACUGCAAAGUGGGCGUGCGCACCUACUUGGAGGAGGAGCUGUCCAAGGCCAAGGAGAAGCCCAAGUUGCGCAAGGACAUGUACGACAAGAUGAUACAGAUCGACAGCAACGCCCCCACCGCCGAGGAGCACGCGGCGAAGGCGGUGACCAAGCCCCGAUACAUGGUCUGGCGGGAGACCAUCUCCAGCACAGCCACGCUGGGAUUCCGCAUCGAGGGCAUCAAGAAGAGCGAUGGCACCAGUUCCAAAGAUUUCAAGACGACGAAGUCUCGCGAACAAAUCAAGUUGGCCUUUGUCGAGUUCUCCAGCGGUCAUCCCCACAUUCUGCCCCGAUACAUACAGCGCUUGCGAGCGAUAAGGGCCACCCUGGCGGUGUCGGAGUUCUUCCAGACCCACGAGGUCAUCGGCAGCUCGCUGCUCUUCGUCCACGACCAGACCCACGCCAGCAUCUGGCUGAUCGACUUCGCCAAGACGGUGGAGCUGCCGCCGCAGCUGCGGAUCGACCACUACUCAGCCUGGAAGGUGGGCAACCACGAGGAUGGCUAUCUCAUCGGGAUCAACAAUCUCAUCGACAUCUUUGUGGAGCUGCAGGCAUCCAUGAGCGCGGAGUCAUCCAUUCCACCGCCAGUUUCUGGCGGGGACUAUGAGAAAGAAGAGCCAAGAGAAUGCAAGCCCUGAAAGGAGUUCUUUUUUUUGUACGGGGGCUUGGGGCUGGGCCCCAGGGCAAUGACAUUUCCACUACCCGAAUCGAUUAAUCCCCAAUUCCUAGCAUAAGUUACCUAUUUUUUUUGUUUUUUUUUACAACAAUUUGCUUUCAUGUAACCCCUUAAGUUUAAAAUCAAAGACUGAGACCACAAUAAGCAUAUACACAUACAUAACUUUACCAUAUGAUGUACGCCUACGUAUAUAGGAAAUAUAUAGCCGUAUAUGUGCUGCUACUGUAGUGUAAUUUAUUUAUCCGAGAAAUGCACGUUUGGCGACCCCGAGAGACCCGAAUAGCGUAGCGAUACGAAAAGUAACUGAGAACACCCAACAGCAGCAAGAGCUAAGUUUAGGAUUAUAAUAUAAUGGUUAUGCGACUACCUACUAAAUACUACUAAUUGUGCACUAUUAAAUUCAGUUAAACCAGAAAA